AUGCUAAAUGUGAGUCCUUUAUCUCAACAAAAUGUGAGUCCUUUAUCACCACCAUUAUCACCACCGCCACCACUGCCACGUCAGCACCACUGCCAUCCACCACCACCUCCAAAAUCUGUGCAUUUUGCUCCGAAGACGACAACCUUGGAGAGUAAACACUCUAACCAUGAUAAAAACAACGAUAAAAAGCACGAUAAAUCUCAUGGGAAAUCGAAAAAGAAGGCAAAUUGGGGGAAGAAACUAGGAUUUAUGUUUGUUGGUGUUGCUGGGUCUCGCAGCAUUGGCGUGCCACGAUGUGAAAGCAAAUAUAAUAUGACUGGUACUUAUAUGAACCAAGAAGGAGGUGAGAUUGUGAGUAGUAGUCAUCACGAUGCCAUUUCGGAAUAG